CAACGGCUUCCGGAGAUCUCCUUUUUUAUCCCCUCCCCCUCCAUGGAGUCAUGAGUUCACCUCCAGUUCCGCCGCGACUCAUCGUGGUCGGCAACCACUACCAGGCCCCGGCCGCUCCGAUCCUCCACGAGACAGCAGGGGCUCGCUUCCAAUGCGGCUCCCCUUCCAGUUUCUUGGGCUCGAAUCGGGAUUCCACGAGCGCGCUCGCUUAGCUUUCUAGGGAUUUUGCUAGGGUUCUUCCGUCCAACUCGAAACUUUUUUUUUUCUUGCGUGAUUCUUAGUUUCGUUGCGUUGCUCCCCACGAAAUUGGUGUUUUUCUCUGCUUGUUGCGUGGGGGAAUCGGGGUGAAAAGCUGCGUUUUUUGUGCAGUUUCAAGGUGCGGCGACUUUUUGUUCUUCUUCUUCUUCUUCAGUUCUUGAUGGGUUUAGUUUAGGGUUCUUGCUCUGUCUGCGAGCCUUCCGAUUUCAUCGAAUUUGAUCUGGUAGCUUCGCUCUCUUGCUCCAAGGAAUCAAACUCGUAGAUCAAAUCGCUGUUCUAGACCACCAGAAUUUGUGAAUUUUGUUUGCCAUCUAGCUGCCGGAGAGGCUCCAGAGUCACAAAAUUCUCAGUUUUUGGCACUUUCCACCGGCUUCUUGGCCUCCAGUAGCUCCAAAUUUGACCAAGUUCUUGCUUUUGGCAUCAUCCCCAACCGCAUAACUAUGGCCGCCACUGCCUCAGAGCCGCCCAUGGUGGAGCAAGUGAUCACCGAGUUCUUUGCCAAGAGCCUCCACAUCAUCCUGGAGUCCCGCUCGCCCUACGAAUCAUCACGCAGCUUCACGCGGCCUUCACCGCCAUCUUCGCCGCUCUCUGGCAGCCAGCCACGGGACAGGUGGUUCAACCUUGCCCUCCGGGACUGCCCAGCUGCACUUGAGAACUUUGACCUGUGGAGACAGAGCAAUCUUGAGCCACUGGUUAUUGAUAUUGUGAUGCUCUGGCGUGACAAUCCCAACACCACCUGUUCUGAGGGUGGCAAGAUCAUAGAGAGGUGGGUGAUACAGUAUGAAACCAGCAAGCCUGGCAGUGGCAGUGGUAAUGGCAGCAAGAACCACAGCAGGAAGUCUAGGAACAGCCCGGCUGAGGAUCAUAGCUUGUACAGGAGUACAUACAAGGGCUCAACAGUGUUAUUUCGGUCAUUGCAUCUGGUUGUCAGGCUCUUGCCAGCUUACAAUCUCUUCAGGGAGUUGAAUUCGUCUGGGAGAAUCCGUCCACUUAACCUGUCACAUAAGAUAUCAUCAUUCGUCGAGCCGUUUACUAGGGCAGAGGAUGCAGAGAUGAAGCACUAUGCAUUUGCUCCAAUUGAAACUCUGUUUGGCCGCCUGAGCUUGUCAGUUUCUUAUGUGCCAGUGCUGGAGGUGGUGGCAGCACCAGAGCCAACCACACACAUGUCAACAGAGCUUAUACUGGAUUAUGUCGGGAGCCCCACAACAGACUUCCUCAGGACGUUCAAUUCCCUGCCUUCAGAUGGCAUUGCACCUGAUUGUGCUGCAAUGACUAGGCGUCACAGUUGGAGUAUUGACCCUGGAGCUAGACCAUCGGUAUCACCAUCUCCUCUUUUGCAUGAUAGUCCUCUAACACGUUUGCAUCCACAUAGCACAAUAUCCUCUGGGAAGAAAAAAAGUACAGGAUUUGAAGACUGCUAUCCGUCACCACCGUUGUCACCAUCGCCAUCCCGUUCCCCUUCUGCUAGCUACCCAAAAAAUUCUUUGUUCCGAUACGAGAGUGCUCCUGUGGUCAUUCCCACUGGGAGGGACGGUGGAGGUAGUGGACUGCCUCCUUCUCCAUCUUUCAAGGGUAAACACCAGCUCCCAUCUCAAAACUACAACCCAACCCCAUCGCCUGAUGGAAAUUCAAAUGUAAGGAAGGAUUUGGUCAGGUUUGGUGAAUUUGAGAAUAAUGCGGCCAUGCAAAAGGUGCUAUCUUUUGAUAAAUAUGAUUUGGGAUAUUUUCAUGGAUUGAAGUUGACUCGGACUGCAAGCAAACUUUUUAUCACGGAUGAACUGGAUGAGCGGGAGUUGGCAUUUGCAUGGGAAGAUAGAGAUAUCAUUAUUGAUCAACUUAACAGGGUUGGUAUCUCGGAUAGGGAGGGCCAAGAGACAAACUUGGACGCUGGAGGCUCGAUGACAAGGACUCCGGCUGCAGCCAUCGGCGCUCUUGUGCGCAUGCUCAAGACGGCCCCGGGCCUCAGGGCAAGCCGCCAAUCAAUCGAAGCUCCUCCCCCAGUUCCUCAAGAAUCUUCGGUUCAGAGGGUCAUGACCGAGGAACACGGUGACGCUGCAUCAAGCUCUGCUUUGCUCCAAUCAAAGACGGCAGCGGACGCGCUGGAGGAGCUAAAGAAAUACAAGGCUAUCAGAGAAUCGAUACUGGACCGCGCGAAAGCGCUGCCCCGGGAUGAUGGGAAGAUGGGGGAGAAACCCGCCGAUGGAGAUCUUUAGCAAACAUACAGUAUGACGACGAAAAGACUUGUGUACAUAUAUGUAUUAUAAGGUAGCUGACGAUUCCCAACCCCCAUACCUUAGUCGCUAGUGGCUACUAGUGUGCGGCCAAAAUCUAUAUGUACAAGAUACAUGACAAUACCCAUCCAUCCAGCUGCUCUGAGAUGAAGGCCCAGCUAUGGGUUUUUUAUGUAAAGUUGAAAACCGAAAUGUUUAGCUGCUUUGAUCGGAUUGUUUUCGGUGAA